AUGCUGGUCGAAAUUGAACAAACUGUGGGUUUCCUAGCUUCAUUCUUGUAUGGAACAAUUCCUCGUCGUCGCAUUGAUACAUUUGCUGAAAUCUUGGCCAAUCGAUUGCUGGAACGAUUGAUGGAUCAGUCCUGUCCACCAAAAAUUUGCCAUUUAGUGGUUAAUGUUGCCGGAAAAAGUGACCCUCUUAUUCAAGAUGCGGCUGAAGAAGCUUACAUGGAUUUGACAGAAAUGCAAUCCCUUCUUCCUAACAAUUUGAUUGUUGAGAUACGGCAAGGUUCCGUUAACGCAGUCAAUGCAGACAGCGGUCAAAUUAAAGCAAUCUAUCCAGAAUCAAAGGCUUUGUUUUUUAAAACUCAAGAUAAAAAAAUUAAUGUUUCAAAAAGUGGACGUCAUUUCCGUAAUCGUUGUGCUUUGUCACCAAAUUUGAAAAGUCGUUAUGGACACGAAACAAAAAGGCGUCCUUUGCUACGCAUCGAAUACGAAUAUCGCUGUUUGGGUGGAGAAAAUAAACCGUGUGGACGACCAUAUUUUGAACUCCAACGAGAUGAUGCAGUUUAUACAGCUCAGGCUUUUGCUGCAACACGUUUUGGAUCUACUAAACUUAAAAGUCAUCAGGGUGUAGAUGCUGGCAAUGGAUAUCAUCCAUAUACGACACCAUCACUCUACGCAUAUCUCCAGCUACUCAUUUUCCUGAACGCAUUAGCAUGUUUAACGGUUUGGUCCGAGAAACUAGAGCAAGAAUUCGAUAAUAUGAAAGAUGAAGCUUCUUAUAUGCGACAACGAGAAAAUGACUUUAAUGUGUUGUUUGGGAAAAAUUUAUGA